CACGUAUUUAAUGUAAUAUCUAGGUGUACCGUUGCACAAGUAAAUAUUUUUUUGAUAGCGAUAUUGUUAAUUACAAGAGCCAAGACAGUGUGUUGAUUGAGGAAACUUGUCCUCGCCCUAUGUGCCAUAAGGCAUAGCAAGGAUUAAUUAAGUAAGUGUUGAUUGAACCAGGAAGGAGAUAUAUAUAUAGAAGAAUUAUACGCAUGUUAACAUGGUUAAGUGGUUCAUUGGUACAGUUGGUUAACCGUUAACAGUCUUAGUGUCAGUAUUCUACACCGUUAACUGUUACAAGAGCCACACAUUAACUGCAGUAGCUCUUACAAUGAGAAAUGUUGAGGCGGAUUUUUCGUUGUCGCAUGAGCUGUUUAACAGCCCUUCUAACCAUUAACGUCAUCGUAGUUACUAUACUCAUACUGCUACAGUCAGGUUUUUUAAGGAGCCUCUCUGAUUCUAUGGAUAAACCCAGAGAGCUACCAAAUGAAGACAAACGCCCAGAAGGAGAACCAAAGUUUAAGUAUAACGAGGAAAUAGUUGGAGUUCCUCUUAGUUAUGACGAUAUCGAAGAGAAUCGUGUGAAACAAGCAGGCGGUAUCGAUACAAACAGAUAUGACCCUGCAAAACCUAUUGAUUUUAUUCCACCAGUGCCAAAAUUCUCUGUUUCUGAUAUUGUUUACCGGUUGUCAGAUAGAAUACGACAUAAAAAUCUAGAGCUUGACCAAACUAUAUAUUCUUAUAAGAUACUGAUAUUAACACCGUUGCAUAAUAGCGAGAAGACGUUGUUUAGAUUUGCACGCGAGAUCCGCGAACUGCAAUAUGCCCAUGAAUUGAUAUCGAUAGCGUUUGGCGAGGACGGUAGUACGGACGGAACAGUAGAGGAAGCUAAACUUAUCAUAGAGGAGUUGAAGACGUCUGGGUUUCGUAACAUAAGUUUUUACCAUUUUGACAUUGGUCAACAAGUAAGUGGGGACUGGGAGGAUAUUCAUCAGAGAAUUCAACAAUAUAAACGAAGACAACAUUUAGCUAGAGCUAGGAAUUUAUUGUUAAAAAACGCUUUAUCCGACGAAGACUAUGUGUUAUGGAUAGACAGCGAUAUAGGAGAUUUACCUGAAGAUAUAAUACAACACUUGUUAUUCGCCAAGAAAGAUAUCGUCACGCCCUCGUGCUUAAUUAAACAAGGACUAACUGUCAGAAAUUAUGACAAAAACAUAUGGAGAGAAACGCCCCUUUCUCUAGAGAAUCAAAAACACAUGCGCGCUAAUUAUCUGGUAAUCGAAGGGUAUGGUUCAACGUCUCGGAUAUACUUACCCGAUCUGCGUGGAGAAGGGCGUAUUGUGCCCCUAGAUGGCGUUGGUGGUUGCACUCUUCUGAUACGAGCAAAGUGUCAUAGGGAAGGUUUAGAUUUUCCAGAAACUCUGUUUGACCACCAUAUUGAAACAGAAGGUUUAGCUAAAAAGGCAAAGACAAUGGGAUAUUCCGUUUAUGGCAUGCCAUUUGUAGAAGUGUUUCAUUUUUAAAUUAAAGGUUUUAACACAAUAAAAUUGCAUAUCGAA